AUGAAUGCUGACGUGUAUAAAGAGUGGUUUCUUGAAUUACUCAAUCAUCUUGAAGAGCCCUCUAUUAUUGUUAUGGAUAACGCUUCAUAUCAUUCGACCUUGGCUGAAAAUUAUCCUAAGAGUAGUUCUAGAAAAUCGGAUGUACAAAAAUGGCUUAAAGAUAAAAAUAUUCCCUACAGUAAUCUAGAAACAUUAGCCGAACUCAAAAUGAAGGUGAAAAAUAUAAUGCCACGUGAAAAAUUGUAUCUCCUUGAUCAGUUGUCAUUAGAAAGAGGUCAUGAGGUGAUACGACUUCCUCCCUAUCACUGCCAGUAUAACGCUAUUGAGUUGAUUUGGGCUCAAGUUAAAAAUGAAGUUACCAAAAAAAAUAACACUUUCAAGAUGGUAGACGUUGAACGUUUGACUCAUGAAGCGUUAGAUUCAGUGACUGUACAAGACUGGGAGAAAUGUGUACGACAUGCAGAAACUAUUCAAUCGCAAGACUAUGAAAAAGAAGUUCACAGGGAUGCCAUAUUAGAACCUAUUAUAUUGACCAUAUUACCAGGUGAUAGUGAUUCAAAUGAUGAUGAAGACACAGAUAAUGAUGAAGACAUAUUUGGUAACUAA